CCACGAGAAGGCACUGUUUAUUAACAAUUCUUCGCGAUCUCGCCAGUUUUUAACAAAUAAACAGAGAACCGUACGUUGCGGUUUCUUAAAAUUUAUUAAAAGACAAGGACGGAGUGCGUCGAACGAUUUUCUCGGUGAUACGAAUAUAAAAAGAUAGUCGAUGAGUCAAAUGUAAAGCAGGAGUGCGUAUACGAUUAUGGUAGCGAGCGAUAGUGAGCGUACCGAGGCUGGUGACGCAUUUCGCUGACAGAGAACGACGUCGCGAGUUUGUGUCACUGUCCACAGUACGAUUAGUGGGUGCUGCUCAGUAUCAUUUUUUCUGGAAUUGCACAAGAUGUCAUGAUCGACUGAACUCCAUCGGACAUAAUUUCGUGGAAAAUGUAGAGAGAUCUUAAUUGUUCUCCGAGAAUUAGAUCUACGGUGUCUCUCGUAUGGCGAAUUAGCGUGCUCCAAUCCUCGCGAUUCUUCCUCACCGGUAGUUCUUUUUUGUUUCUCUUCAUUCUCUGUGCUUUUAACAAUUGUUAGUACGGGACGUGACAGUUCCACGUGGGCAGUUAUCAGCGAGUUCCAGCGAGCCGAUAUGAACGGGCGUGCGUCGAUGAGAAACUGUGGAGUCGGAGGAAUGCGAUCGACCCGGCCGAAUCCCUCACCGAUCUGACAGAUCGCUAUGCCAUUAUGAAUGCCACGGAAGGCAACGUUAGCGUUAACAACGACAGUGGGAACGGUCAUAAGACUCACGGUGGCGGCGGCGGCGGCGGCGGCGGUGGCGCGGUUCGUCUUCAAAACGUGAUCGGCAAGCAAACGGCCAGCAGCGGCUGCGUGCGCAAAAUGAGCACCAUGCCCGAGGAGGAGGAUACCUCGGACGACGUGGAUGCUGACACGAGGAGCAGAACGCAGCGGCAACGGAUGAUCCAUCAGGAUGCCGACUCUGAUUCCCAAUCGGAAGAAAGAGGCCGUCUAUUGAGCAGCGGCGACGCAAGAAAGAUCGGCAUCGCCGGUAAAAGGAUACCGCGGCACGACAGCACAGGAAGCAUCCACUCGCGGCUGCAGCCGUCGAAAUCCGGCGAGCAGAUCCUCCUGUCCGACGGUCGCAUCCUGAGGGAAGUCCGAGACGUUCCGCAGAACGUCCGAUCCUCGCGGCCGUCGCAUCGUUGCUCCAGCGUCAGAUCGGUCAAGUCCAACCCGACCAUGGAUGAGCAUCAUCAUCAUCUCGGCCACUAUCAACAUCCGUCGGCUGCUAGGUGGGCCUCGAUCGUGUUCUCCGACGCGAACGGCCAGACUCAGGUGCGUCCGUUCCCGGAUUCCGUCUCGAUCAGGUCGUUGGCGUCUAUCGGGAUGGGAUCGUCCGAUGGGAGGAAGCUUACGAUAAGACGGGUUCCUACGUCGCCCUCGGAAUUACUUAACAUGGUCCAUCCGCCUCCAUCGUUGGAAGACGAUCUGUCGGUGUGCACCAGCUUCGAUGACGCGGACGCCGAGGAUCCAGGAGAUUACAGGCAACCGAGACGGCCUCACUGGGCCAACAAAGUACAAUUUGUACUCGCCUGCAUAAGCUACUCCGUCGGCCUAGGGAACGUUUGGAGAUUCCCAUAUCUAUGCUACAAAAGCGGCGGUGGUGUCUUCUUGAUACCAUACUUCUUGAUAUUAGUGGUAUGCGGGGUACCGUUACUGUACAUGGAACUCAGUAUAGGUCAAUUUACGAGAAGGGGACCUAUCGGUGCUCUCGGGCAAAUUUGUCCCUUGUUCAAGGGAGCCGGUCUGUCAUCGGUAGUGAUUUCCUUUCUAAUGUCGACUUACCACAAUGUGAUUAUCGCCUACGCGAUAUAUUACUUCUUCGCCGCGUUUCGAGCCAGACAACCGUGGUCGGACUGCAACAACUCGUGGAACACCGUAGCCUGUUGGCUGCCAACUUAUAGCGGGAUCGAAAACAGAACCAGGCCCAACGCUUCGAGAACGCCAUCCGAAGAAUUUUUCGACAACAAAGUACUGCAGAUCAGCAAAGGGAUUGAGGAAUCCGGAGCCCUCAGAUGGGAACUGGCCGCCUGUUUGAUCACAGCUUGGAUUCUGGUUUACUUCUCGGUAUGGAAGUCCAUAAAAUCAUCGGCCCAAGUCAGAUACCUGACUGCCACGCUUCCCUUUUUGUUGAUCGUCGUGUUCCUGGCGCGGUCCCUCACUUUGGAGGGCGCGGAGAAGGGAUUGAGGUUCUUUUUCCACCCCCGUUGGGAAUUGUUAGGCGACGCCAAGGUUUGGAUAAACGCGGCCGCACAGAUAUUCAAUUCCGUGGGCAUAGCGUUCGGCUCGAUGAUCUGUUUCGCGAGUUACAACAAGUUCCACAACACCAUCUUGGUAGACAGCGUGGCCGUCUCGUUGAUAAAUGCGUUCAGUAGUUUACUGGUAGGGAUAUUCUCGUUCGCUACCAUCGGAAACAUCGCUCUCGAGCAGAACAUGUCGGUGGAAGCCGUGUUGACAGAUGGACCGGGCCUGGUAUUCGUGGUAUACCCACAAGCCUUAGCCAAGAUGCCAGCCUCCCAAAUUUGGGCCGUGUUAUUCUUUUUCAUGUUCGUCUGCCUCUCUUUGAACAGUCAGUUCGCGAUCAUGGAGGUGGUCGUAACAUCCAUACAGGAUGGUUUCCCGAAUUUUGUGAAGCGUCACCUGGUUUGCCACGAGAUGUUAGUGCUUUUGGUCUGCGUUAUAUCAUUUUUGUUGGGCCUGCCUAACAUUUCACAGGGCGGAAUAUACUUUUUCCAACUGAUAGACCACUACGCGGCCUCGAUAUCGAUCAUGUUCCUGGCGUUUUUCGAGGUAAUCGCUAUUUCGUGGUUCUACGGUGUACGUAGACUGUGCAACAACGUUAAAGAGAUGACCGGGAGGCUACCGUCUUUGUAUUUCCGAUUCUGCUGGCUGAUAGCUGCACCGCUUCUCAUCAUGGCCGUCUGGGUAUUCAGCCUGAUCGAUUACGAGUCGCCGACCUACCGCAACGGCGAGUAUAAGUAUCCGGUAUGGGCAGAGGCUAUAGGAUGGGGAAUCGCGUCGCUCUCUCUAAUUUGCAUCCCGGCAUUGGCCAUUUACGAAUUCCUCAGAGCGAACGGCAACACUUACGCCGAGAAACUGAGGAAUUCCAUAAAGCCGCAUUUUGAGGCCUGCAAGAUCUGCGGACAAGAAUACUGCAUCGAACCGCUUCACAGUUUCGAGGACGACGUUAUCAAGGACCAACAGGAUGCAAAUAUACAGUUGAACAUGAACGGUUCGUUAUUAAAAUCCCAGACGUGAUUCAACUAGGAUUUUCAACUGACGUAGGACAAUUUUUAAUAAACCGAAUAGAAGAAACAAUAAUUUUUUUUAUAGCAGUUAAACGUUAUAUUUUCUUUACACGUAUGAUUUGGAAAUAAAAAAUUUAAUGACAGUCCUGUCCAAAGCAAUUGCAUUGUCAUCGUCGAUCAAUGUCUCUCGGAAUCUUAAAAUAAUUUUAGUCGUUACAAUUGCUACAUGACGUUGAUAAAUUAAUUACUCAUUGCUUCGAGUAGGAUAUUGUGAAAUACAUACAGUACAUGUAGAUAUGUAGAAAUUUCACUUUAAAUCAACGAAGGACUUACAUUAUUACAUCGUAUGCUAAGUAAUUAAUGAGUACAAAUUCCGAUAGAUAUUUAAGUGUACGUAGUAUAGAGAUUUUUAAAGAUUAAGUUUAAAUAAUAAAGAAUAUUAGUAGAACGACAAUAAGAAUAGGAGCGAAGCACUCGUAAUGAUAGUAACUAUAGACAGCAAUAAUAUAAGCUUACCGUCAACGUUUUACUACACGUGAUUAGAAUACUAUACGUAACUUAAGGAUGUAUUGGCUAUACAGUCAAUCCCAAAAGUUUAUGUACUUUAGAAAAACGCAUUUCCUAUAAUUAAAAAGAAAUCAGACGUCGGAAAAAUACAUGUAGCCUAUACAUCCUUAAAACGAAGCACGCGUUGCGCAUCGACUGAACCAUAAGCAAUGUAAGUCAGCGUAAACGAAAAUUAUACUCUUUAAAUGUGGAUCGAUUAGAGGAACACUCGAAAUAUGUAAUUAUUUAAAACUGUAAUAAAUUAUUCACAAUUUA